AUAACAGCACGUCACAAAAGAUACCAGGUAGUUUCCAGCCCAACUACAUCAGAAUGGGUGAGACUCAAGAUAUCCGACGUCUUGAUAAGAGCACGCCAGGUUCAAAGGUUUUCAAGGCCUGUGAAAGUUGCCGACAACGCAAGGUUAGGUGUGAUGGUCUACUGCCCUGUCAGCCCUGUGUCCAAAGAUCUAUCCCUUGCUCUUUCCGGCAGAGUGCCAGAAGGCGACUGUCAAAUCAGAUUCAGAAAGUACAGAUUGCACCCAGCGAUGGCGAUCGUAUGCCGGUUCUUAGUGAUGAUUGCGCUGCACAGUCCGCGCCACCAGUUCUGCCACGGGGACUCCGACAUCAGAACCAUCUUAACUACAUCUUGGAUGCUCUUCAAGUAGUUGAUGGCCCGUCCGGGAGGGGAAGAGUGACAAGAAGCUUUGGCUCCACGUCCACAGUCACUGUACUGAAUGUGAUAUUGGAUUUGAUCGCCCGACUGGACGGCUCUCCACCCAAUAGCUUGGCAACAGCAUCUCCAAGCAAGCCCCAUACAUAUGUUCUAGAGUAUCUACGCCAGGUGAUUGUGAGAUGCGAGGCCCAUCCGCCGCCAAUCUUCAGUCCUAGUCCACCAGGCCCGCUGGACACGGUCCCGCUACAACUUCAGAGCCUCCUGCUCGAGCGAUACAUUGCAAUGGGCUGGAAGACGCUCCCCUUUCAGUCGCCCCACAGUCUUCAAGCACGUCUUCCCAGUCUUUCUGCCCAGCCGAUAUCACAGCUGCAAGCCGAAGAUCAGGCUCUUCGUGCCAUCAUGUUGCCCAUGAUCGCUAUCGGGUCCAUUACAACCGGCUACGCGGAACUGGGAGAGAUGCUUAUUGGCGAGGCACAAAGAAAUCCAAUCACACCCUACUACCUGGGUGAUAUUCUAGCUUUGCAGAGUGAUUUGUUGAUGAUCCAGUAUCAUAUCGACUCAGGCUCCUUCGAAGCCGCCUACUUACGCCUGGGAAUGGCACUUGCGAAAAUCCUGGCGGCUGGCAUGGACAAACCAACGCGUUCCCCUCACGAACAGGCUAUUAUCUCGGCUUUCUGCUGUAAUGAGAGGUUACCAAGCCCGUCCCGGACCUAGGCACAUGUCUCUGAUAGCGAUUGCAAAUAGUCUUUUAUGUGCUGCUCUAGGACGAGAAGCUGUCUUUUCUAGCAGCAUCAGAUAUCUGCCGCAGAGCAACCAUACCAUCAUAGGGUUCAUGCACCCGUUUUAUCGCAUUCUUGCCGAUAUCCAGCGUCUUCACCAGUCUAAAAACCCGAAUUUUAUGGAGCUAUGGAAUGCUUGCUGUGCACUUCACCAGCGUCUUGUAGCUUUCUGGUCAGU